ACAUUCUCUAUAAGGGUGUGGAAACCUCUCCCUAAUAGACGCGUUUUAAAAUCGUGAAGUUGAGAACAAUACAUAACGAAUUAAAAAACCGUGAAGUAGAGGGCAAUACAUAACGAGCUAAUGCAGACAAUACCAUUAUCCGUUUGUGAUUUUAAUUGGAUGCUCGAGAAGUUCCCUGGUUCUUUAACCCUCUUUCCCAAAGCAAUCAGGUCCACACAUCACAUACUUGCAUUGUCAUCAUCUCCUGUUCCCUUUUCCCACAGCUAUCCCAUCUCCCUUUUCCCUCACUAUAUAAACUCCCUUCCAACCCUUUCUUAAUGGUAUACCUCAACCGCCUUUAACCACUCAUUUCCUUUCCUCAUAAGCCUUCAUUUUCCCCUCAUUCUCACGUCCUGAAAUGGAGAAAACACAAUUGCGUAGGCAGCUCGCCAACAUCAGGCAGUCCCUCUUUGAUCAGGGGUUUCUUGAUGAACAAUUCGUGCAAUUGGAGGAACUGCAAGAUGAUGCUAAUCCAAACUUCGUGGAGGAAAUUGUUACAUUGUAUUACAGAGACUCAUCCAGGCUGAUAGUCAGCAUAGAGCAAGCACUACAGAAGAGCCCUCUGGACUUCAAUAAGUUGGAUGCUCUUAUGCACCAAUUCAAAGGAAGUAGCUCAAGUAUUGGAGCCAAAAAGGUGAAAGCUGAGUGCACACAGUUGAGGGAAUAUUGCAGGGCAGGAAGUGGAGAUGGAUGCUUAAGGACAUUCCAACAACUGAAGAAGGAAUAUACAACUCUGAGGAAGAAGCUUGAAGCCUAUUUUCAGCUGGCAAGACAAGCUGGGCCCAUUGAUUCUGCCUGUCGGCCCAAGUAAUCCACACGUGGAUGACAAAUGGAUGACAAGUGGACGACAAAGCUGAUGUGGCAAGAUGUUAUUGGAACUUUUAUAUGUUUCCUAAUGUUAUGUAAGCUCCACUUAUGGAUUGGAGCAGCCUGCCUGUGGGGGCUAUGGGUUGCUUUUGUUUUUGGGUGUAGUUCAUGAAUGCAAUUUUAAUUCAAGUUU